CUUGGUGUCUGUCAUUAGCGACGCGCGAACGGGAAGGUCGAGGAUCAGCAAUGCUUCGACUCCACUGAGCUCAAAGAGAGAAUGGCUUCGUUUCUGAGGCAGCUGCGUCUGCUGCUCUGGAAGAAUUUUGUUGGAGUUUUGAGACAGCCGGUCUGGUCUCUUGCUGUUAUCCUCUGGCCCCUCAUAAUCUUCCUUAUUUUAGCAAUCACAAGAACAAAAUUUCAACCGGUCAAAAUAAACUCUUGUUUUGUUGCCCCUCGUAACCUGCCGAGCGCCGGCUUCUUGCCUUUCCUUCAGACUCUGCUCUGCAGCAACGACAGCUCAUGCAGGAGUUACUCCUACAUCACGCCUAACAAAUCAUUUGAAACCAGGAGUCUGAACUUGAAUGACGAAUACUCCAGCAGGUCCGCGACAACUUCUCCAGAUGGCUCUCAAGUCGGUGGUCUGGACAUUUUGUCAAGGGUUUUCAUGCAGGGCGGCUCAAACCAACUGCUAUCACAGCUCGGCAACAUCCAAUCUGCUUGGAAUACUUCAGAUUUUAACACAUUAACAUCAGUUAUUGGCGUCCUUACCAAUGUAUCGAUUACUCUGGAGCAGCAAACAACGUCUGGAUAUUUGACUUUGGUGGAUUUCCUAAAGUCCGCUGUGUGCAAUCUGACUGUCCCGUAUAUCAAAGCAUCCAGUAACAACAGUCUGAGCCCCCUGGCCAGCACUUAUGUGAACUUCUGUCAAUUUGAUGGGACGCUUCCAGCUCUUGUUGCAGCUCUGAACCAGGCCUGA